CACCAACAGUAUUUUAUCAUUACCAUCAUGAUCAUCACCAUCAUCACCACCAACAGUAUUUUAUCAUCUGGCCCCGCGGCGGGCCCCAUGAGGGCGUCUCCGUUCGGCUCCGAGGCGGCGGUGGCGGGGCCGGGUCACGCUCUCAGAGAUGCAGUGGAGGAGGGGGAGCAGGAGUACCAGACCGAUCAGGCGGCACGCCACUUCGAGGACGCUGCCGGCGAGAUUUUCGCCGCGCACACUUUCGACGACAAGGAGUGCCAGACGGACCUGAAGAUGCGCCACUUCGGCGUCACCCACGCCAUGGACGACGAGGACGCCUUGGACUACGAGACCGACUUCUUCCCCACCCUGAUUGUCCACGGCGAGCCCGAACAGACGCCGGAGAAGGACGGGCUCAUCAUGAAGGACGCGUGGCAGGGCAUUCAGGCAGUCGAGCCGGACGGCGACUGCAUCAGGAGCGACGCCGAGUGCUGCCACUUCCGGGACACGGACCAGGACAGGCGGCUCUCUGCCACCAUCCCCGUAUCCAGCUCCUCCCCUAGGGAGGAGCAGCUCAUGUCGCAGGCUCCCGAGCGGACGAGCUCACAUCCUUCGCAGCGGCUGGCGGCGAUGGAUAGCUCGGGAGCGGGCAAGACCAGCCAUCGGGGCGGCGGCGAUGCCGGUGGGUCUUGCCGCGGGUCCGACAACCUGGCUAUCGAUGAGGAGCCGCUGGAUGACCGGACAUUCGCCGUCGAGCACGCCGAGCCGCAGGACGACCAGACGGAGUACGCUGCGACGGCGCCCAUGCCCAUGGCGAACAUCAGCGAGCUCAAGACCCACUACGACGACACGACGGCGGCGGGGGGCGUUACGACGCCGUCCGGCGGGAUCAUCACUGGCAUCAACAAGGACGACGACGGCAGGACGGCGGAUGAGUGUGAGGACACGCGGUGCGAGGAAAGUUCUGACGAGGAGUCAUUGGCUUCCCUGGUCGUGCGGAUUCCGAUGAGUGGCCACACGGACUCCGGAGAGGAGAGGGACGACGAGGACGACGACGAGGGCGGCGACUACCUGAAGAAGGAGGGCAGCCGCGCUGCCUGCAGCCCCCCCCGGGAGGAUACUCCGAGUGCGGGCCCGGGGGGGAAGGAGCCGGCAGCUACUUCGACACCCGAUGCCCAGACGCGCCCAGGAGGGGGUGCAAGUGGAGGACGUGCGUUGUCCCUUCCCGGACUUGCCCCCCCCGCCGCAGGAUGCGAGAAUGCGCCUGCCAAGGACCCGCAGCGCGUGGAGACCAACGACGACGGCGAAAGGAGGAAGGAGAGCGUUACGACGCCGCCCACGGCUGCCGCGGGCGCCCGCAGCCUCGAGUACAUCCUGGUGUUGGCUGAGGUGCGGUGCUGGCACGAGGAGGGCGGGAUGGCGCUUCCCGACAUCCACGCGCGCCUGAUGAGGGAGGCUGCCCAGCAUCAAGCGCAGGGCGCAGCGCAGCGCGACCAUGCUCUUGUUCGACGAGGCGUGGCCUGCGCCAUGGCAGCGCAGGCCAUGAGCGAACGCGGCCUCGCAUAGUGCGAGGCAGGUCCCCCCUGGGGACGCGGAGGGGUGCUGUUCUGGGCGGGUGGGCGCUGGCUGCUUCGCUGGGCCCGGUGGCGGUUCGCUCCGAGCGGAGGCUCGGACCGCCCGUCGUCGCUACCUCGGCGUGCGUGGCCGCCCGCUGGCUUCAUCAUCUACCAUAACCACAUGUUCAUCCUGAUCUUCGUCGGGUUUCGUGAGCCGCGUCCGGGGUCUUAUUAGGACGCCUGCUUUCUCAGCACAGGAGUCGGCCAAUUCCUGUGGUCGUUUAGUCGUUUAGUCGCUGGUCCCUCCUGCUUCCCCCUCUCCGUUCUGGGCUCCUCGUCCGCGCAUCGCUGACCCCGUGCUCCGCUCCGCGUAGCCGUAGCCCCUCUUGUGCUUUUCCACCCGUCCACAUCUAGGCCUGAACGUAUCUUCCUGCUGUUUUUUUCCUGCACUUUCGUCGUGCCCAGUAUAGAGCCAUUUUGGCCGAGACUAUGUCUGUACAGCCUGGUCGAUGCACAUUGAGUUGUGCGCAGGUGGGCCCGGUGGCUGCGCAGGAGGCUGGUGGUGAUUCGGGAGAGGCGCCCGUUGAAUUCCGGACGA